AUGGUAUUCAAGAUCAGUUUGGCACUAAUCAUAUUGGCCAUUUUGUCUUCACGCUCUUACUGUUGCCAACUAUCAAAGCUUCGGCUCCAUCACGUAUUGUAAAUGUUAGCAGUGCGGGUCAUAGAUUUGCACCUUCACCAGCAGGGAUAGAAUUUGAAAAGUUGAAUGAUCCAGAGGCUCAUACCCCUUUUCAAAGAUAUGGUCAAUCAAAACUCGCAAAUAUUUUAUUUACUCUUGAACUUAAUAAAAGACUUUCAGGAACAAAUGUUUAUUGUAAUUGCCUUCAUCCAGGGACUGAGUUAAUGCGUGGAAUGGAAGCUGACUGGGGAUUUUGGAUAAAGCCAAUUACUUAUUUACUUUCAUUAUUCAUGUUAUCACCUGAUGAUGGUGCUUUAACUCAACUUUAUUGCGCCACAAGUCCUGAAAUUGAAGAAGAAAUCUCCGUAAAUGAACCUCUUACUGCUCAAGCUAAAGACGAAGAACUGGCAAAAAAGUUAUGGGAUUUUUCUGAAAAUUUCGGUAAAGAAAAAUUGGGUGCUAAAAUUUUUAGUAAAAGUUUUUCAUAA